AGUCUAAUCCAACGGACAGGAAGACUCCACUGGAUCGAACCGCUGAAUUACAACCGUUCCGUACACGACGCGAAAACAAACAGAGCUUGCCUUUUAACAACCAAUACGGUAUACGCUGACUUCUUCCACCGAUUUCAAAAUCAGGUGCAGUCAACACCACAGUAGUAGAACAGAAACAAUCCAAUGGAAACGCUUAAAAGAUUUCCUCAACCAAUUAAAAUCAAAGAAGCUUUCUUACAAUACGGUGGUCCUAGAAGCAUAGUAGCCCCCACCGGAUCUCAGAAACUGGGCCCCCGAUUAUUUGACCCAUCAGCCCACGCGAUUUUGACCGACCCCACCUGUCCGAUCCGUUCUAAGCGCUUUCUCUCUCUACACUCUCUUUCUCUCUAACCUCAAACCCCUCAUUUCCAUCUCUCUCGCUCUCUCUCUUUCUCUGAUUUCUCUUUCUCUCUGCAAAAACUGAAACAAACCCUAGAAACGAACCAAACACCCGCCAUUGGAUCAUGCAAGAGAGCUUUGAGAAGCGCCGUCGAAGGGGAGGACAGCAAUGGUGGAGCAGUUUUCCGGUGCAGGCGUGAGCAUUGUGUGAAACUCUGAGACUCCUCGUCGUUGUGACCGAGAAAGAAAGAGAAAAAGAACUGAAAAAACAAAAAAUGGAGCUGAGGCUUUGAAAAUCCGUGAAAAAGGAAGGACCUUUUGGGAGAUCAAUCUCUUGCAUAGUAUGUCUGAUUUGGUGGCCCGCACUGGUCGGCAUCAGCAACGGUACGACGAUGGUCGUCGACUCAUCGCCGGGUGUAUUCCAUUUAGGUAUAGAAAUUCUGAUGACAAUAGAGAUGCUGGUUCCAAAAAGAUUGUUGAGGUGCUUAUGAUUAACUCCCCUAGUGGUCCAGGUCUCUUGUUUCCAAAGGGAGGAUGGGAGAACGAUGAAACCGUUGAAGAGGCUGCAGUGAGGGAAGCUAUUGAAGAGGCUGGAGUUCGAGGAGAACUAAUGGGUCAUUUGGGGUGUUAUGAUUUUAAGAGCAAAACCGCUCAAGACGAGUUUAGUCCAGAAGGUUUAUGUAAAGCUGAAAUGUUUGCGCUGUCUGUCACGGAGGAACUCGAGUCAUGGCCAGAGCAGAAUACCCGAAACAGAAGUUGGCUGACUGUAGAAGAGGCAGCUGACAGUUGCCGGCAUGCAUGGAUGAGGGAUGCGCUGGUAGAUGGCUUCUCAAAGUGGCUUGCUGAAAAUAUGAAUGGGUGUAUGGGAGGACAUCCCUGAGGAAGAGUGUUUUUGUUAAAGCUUGUAUGGUUGACACUAAAGCAUGUUUAGGUGCAUGCUCACAAGCGAGCAUCUGCCAGUGUUGGUUUUUUUGGGGGGAAUUUUUCUGCUUUUACUUUUGAGUUUAUUUCCAUUCGCAAUCGACCUCUGACAAAUUUUAUUUCAGAGGGUAACCCAAAGGGUCACCAGCUCAAGUUUCAACUCCCCGGUCCCAGAUGCUCACUAAUUGUAUCCCAUUUGCAUUUACUAGUUUAAAUAUUUGUGGCUCAUUUUGCAAAAGUUAGGAAAGCAAUUUUUUUUUUUUUUUUUUUUUUUUUGGUGGCUCCCUUAAGGCUCGCUUCCAUCAAAUGAAGUCACUAUGCAUUUCAUUUGUAUAAACUCAUUUCAAUCACUUUUGCUGCUUGUUUACUUUGAAUGGUAAGAGUUGUAGCAUCUAUAUAUGUUCAUCUACUUUGGCGCACUGCAUAAAUAAAAGUUUGUGUUUCUUGAACCUUGAACCAU